CUACUAAAACAUGAAUAAAAGAUCAUGUAAGAGCCAGAUGCAAGGUACCCUUAUUUGCAUCAAGACUAAUUAUUUAUUUACAAACUAUUACCUUUAAGAAAAAAAUUAAAACAUACAACAAACACACGGAUGGAUUUUUCAGAUCAAAUUUGUUUACAGCUUAUUUAUUCUCCAGUGUGCUGGUCCAGUGUUAUUUAAGGGGCGUCUGCAGUGAUUUGGGAUACCAGUCACUAUGUGGAAAAAACAUUCCGUCUUUUGCCUUUUGGCUUUGGCUGUUGCUAUGAACUGCUUAGUGUAUGGACAAAACAGAAGGAAGGGACAAAGGCCAAGUGCUCUAGCAAGAAAAGACAAUCUUCUGGAUUCAGUCUGCUUCAUUGAUAUUGUCUAUGUCCUGGACAGUUCAGAAAGUGCCAAAGAUGUGCUGUUUGACAAGCAAAAGGAGUUUAUCACCCUCCUGAGUGAUAAAGUAUUCCUUAUGAAGCCCACCAGGGUCCUCAAGUAUGACAUCAAGCUAGCCAUCAUGCAGUUCAGCAGCUCUGUCAAAAUCGACUACCAUUUUGAUGAGUGGAGAAGCCUGUCAGAUUUUAAGCUGAGAGUCAAGGAGAUGACUUACAUUGGCCAUGGGACCUAUUCCUAUUAUGCUAUUUCCAAUGCCACCCAACUCUUCAAAACUGAAGGCCGUAAAAGCAGCGUCAAAGUGGUUGUCCUGAUGACAGAUGGGAUUGACCAUCCAAAGAGCCCUGAUGUCCAAGCCAUCUCUGAAGCUGCCAGAACAUUUGGGAUAUCUUUUAUUACUAUUGGCCUUUCAAAUGUUGCUGAUAAAGUCAAACUACUUUCAAUAUCUGGCAAUUCUCCUGGGACCCCUGUCCUCAUCUUGAAUGAUCCUAACCUUCUGGACAAAAUACGGAACCAAUUGGCCGCUUUAUUUGAUGUGCAGUGUGGAAAGAAAUGUGAAUGUCAAAAGGGAGACCAAGGACCUCCAGGACCAAAGGGUGGUCAUGGAAGUAGAGGUGACAAGGGUGAACGCGGACCUAAAGGAGAAAAGGGGGAAGCCGAGACAGGAGAGCCUGGAGAAAGGGGACCAAAGGGAAGUAUUGGCUAUAAAGGAGACAAGGGUGAUAGAGGAGAAUGUGGAACACCGGGCCUAAAAGGAGACCGAGGAACAGAAGGCCCUUUUGGGCCAAAGGGACCAAGAGGCCCCCAGGGAAUCGGUGGACCUCCUGGUGAUCCUGGUCCAAAGGGCAUUCAAGGAAGUAAGGGUGAGCCUGGUCCAUCAGGGCCAUACGGUCCUGCAGGAGUCCCUGGAAUUGGAUAUCCAGGACCGAAGGGCGAUAGAGGUCAGGAAGGAAGAAUUGGAUUUCCUGGGCCAACUGGAAUUGGCGAGCCUGGUUUAACAGGGCCACGUGGUCCUGAGGGUGUGCAAGGUGAACGUGGUCCCCCUGGAGAAGGACUCCCUGGAUUGAAGGGCGAAAAGGGUUCUGAAGGACCAGGAGGACCAGUCGGAGCUCCAGGCCUACCUAUCAAAGGAGAUAAGGGUGAACGAGGGAUCGAUGGACCACCGGGCCCCAUUGGCCCACCUGGAAUUGGAGUCCCAGGCAAUCAGGGAAUUCAGGGUCUGAAAGGUCUGCCUGGGGCAAAGGGAUCACGAGGCCUAGGCCUCCCUGGACAAAAGGGUCAAGAGGGUGCACCAGGAAUACAAGGGGAUGUCGGAGCACCAGGAAUUGGACAACCUGGACCUAAAGGAGAACCAGGGAGUCAAGGAUUUCCUGGACAAAAUGGGAAACCAGGAUUAAUGGGAACACCAGGCAAAAAGGGAGAACAAGGAGCACCUGGUGCAAGAGGUCCAGAAGGAUUGCCUGGGAAAGGUGACAUUGGCCCAAAGGGUGAAGAGGGACAAAAAGGAGCUCAAGGAAUGGAUGGUCCAAAAGGUAUAGCAGGUUCUCCAGGUCCAAAGGGUGAAUCUGGAAUCAAAGGUGCAGUUGGUAACCCUGGGCCUUCAGUUCGUGGACUACCUGGCCCUAAGGGGGAACAAGGAUAUCCCGGACCUCCUGGAAGUGAUGGAAAUCCUGGACCUUCAAUUGUGGGACCUAAGGGCGCUCCAGGUUUAAUUGGAUCACCAGGAGCUCCUGGGGCAAAAGGAGAUGGCUUUCCAGGUCCAUCUGGCCCUCGAGGAUUGCCUGGAGUUCAGGGACCAAGAGGCCUUAAAGGAUCAGGUGAUCCAGGACCAAAGGGAGAACAAGGACCAAGAGGACCCCCAGGGCCUUCUGGACCAAGGGGAGUAGGAAUACCUGGUCCCAAGGGCGUUAUAGGACAAAAAGGUUUGCCAGGUGCACUGGGUCCUCCGGGAGAGUCUAUACAAGGAAGUAAGGGAGAGCAAGGAAUUCAGGGUUCAACAGGCCCAAAAGGCUCCAUAGGAGUUGGACUACCUGGUCCUAAGGGGGAUUAUGGAGAGAAAGGUGAUCAAGGAAAGAGAGGUAACAAAGGAGAGAUUGGAGAACCAGGACCUGCAGGACCAAGGGGAUUUUCAGGAGUCAAAGGUGAAGCAGGUCUCACUAAAGAAGAGGUAAUCAAACUCAUCAUGGAGAUAUGUGGUUGUGGUGUUAAAUGCAAGGAAAAUCCUUUAGAGUUAGUAUUUGUGAUUGACAGCUCUGAAAGUGUUGGGCCUGAGAACUUUGACAGGAUCAAAAGGUUUGUGAAAACGGUGAUCGAUGCUGUCACAGUUAACCAAGCAACAGCCCGUGUUGGCAUCAUCAAUUUCAGCCACAAAGUUGAUGUGGUGUCCACCCUGCAGCAGUAUCCUAACAAGGAAAGCCUGAAAGGUGCCAUAGAUGUGAUGCAGUACUUAGGAGAAGGUACAUACACUGCUACUGCAAUCAAGAAUGCCACCAAUAUAUUCAAGUCGGCCCGACCAGGGGUGAGAAAAGUGGCUAUCGUGAUAACAGAUGGGCAAGCAGAUCGGCGUGAUCCCAACACUUUGGAGGCGGUGGUGAAGGAUGCCCAUGCAAACAACAUAGAAAUAUUCGUAAUUGGGGUGGUUCAAAAAAGUGAUCCCAAUUUUGACAGUUUUCGGAAAGAAAUGGAUCUCAUUGCUUCGGAUCCUGACAUUGAGCAUGUUUACCAGAUAGAUGAUUUCAUAACACUGCAAGCUCUUGAGAAUAAAGUAUUCAAACAAAUUUGUGAGAGUGAUUUCAGUGUCUAUAUCACCGAAGUGCUCAGUUCAGCACUUUCUCCUGGAUCUGAAACAAGACGUGAAAACACUGGUCAGUUUGCCAUAGCUGGUACUCCAGAGACAGGCAUCCUUCCACACAAACCAGAAGUAACGGAGCCUGUACAUCGUUCAAGAAUACCUGGUGAGAGAGUAGCAUCACGUAUUGACUGGGAUCAGUAUGGUACCACAGCUGCUCCUAAAUAUGAUCCUGACAGUUACAGGAAACCUGCCAUCCCUUCUCUUUAUGACCAAAAAGGAUAUUGGGAAUUCAGUACACUGAGUCCAGAGACUUCUGUCUCCUCUGAUUUAACUAGAGGUCUGCAACCGGACACAGCCAGUGCACAGCUUCACAGAGUAAUAGAUUCCAAGUGCCAUGAACCACUGAAAAUCGGAGAUUGUCAAAAUUAUGAAGUGAAGUGGUAUUAUUCCAAAGAUUCAAAUUCAUGUGCCCGGUUUUGGUAUGGAGGCUGUGGUGGCAACCAAAAUAGGUUUGAGACAGAAUGGGAGUGCCGGGCAGCCUGUGCACAAGGGUAACCCAAAGAAUUCAAGCUUCCAGAAGAAAGUGAAGUAAUUUCUAGAGUUUGAUCAAGAAUACUAGAAUAAUUCCAAAUGUUGUGUUGUUACAAGUGCUACAUCUGUACCACACCUACUGAUUUUUACAAUGCAUUCCAUAGAUUUUGUAGAGCAUGUUUAUCUUCAUAGCUAAUAGCUUCACUGCAGGUGAUAAUUCCAUGCUUAUUGUUAAAUUUUAGUACUGCCUAUGUCAGUCUUUAAGAAAUAUAAGCAAGUUAGAAUAUGGCAUUAUUAUUAUUUGGAAAUGAAAAUAUUCUCCAGGUGCCUCCAUUCUCCACAAGCAAUACUCAAAACUGGUAAGCACUGUAAAACCAGCAAAUGGAAAGAUGCAUCAGAAUACUGACCAGUGGCCAGGGGUCUUAAAAAGGGGUGUUUAUUCCUUCACUGAAAGAUGAAGCAGGCUCUCCAAUUGGGCCAUACACUGCCAAGAGGAACAGUAAUUGAAGCUCUUAAUGCUAUAUAUAUAUAUAUAUAUAUAUAUAUAUAUGCAGGUGCAUAGAUGGAAUUUUAUCGGUAUGUCUACAUUUUAGUAGCUAAGGAUGGUCUAAGACAAAGUGAGCAACUUUUGCUUCACCAGAUCUUGGAGUGCAACUCUCAAUAGCCCGAGGUAGCAGCUCCAAAGGGAAGGAAUUAUGAGACUUACAGUUCAAAAUAUUCUGCAUUAAUUGCUGCUUUCUGGCCUUUCUUUAAUGCAUGUAUAGGAGCUGCAAUUAAAGAAAGGCACAGAAAUGCUGAUGACCCUGCAUUUGCAUUCGGCACAUCAAGAGUCAAGAAUAUCUGCUUGUCAACAGGACUCUCCUGGUGAAUAAGGACCAGUAUUUGGGGGAAUACGUUAAAGCUUACUCCACAAGUUCUUGUAUCUCAGGGCUCUUUUAGAAAAGAGUAGCUAGCAAAGUGUCACAGUGAAUUAUAGGGGAAUUCAAUAAGAACAAGCACUGAAAGAUGUACAUAAGUAUAUUUUUUCAUACUACGUUUUCCUUUGAAACCCUGCCCCUAUACAAAAAGUACUGUACAUGGGAAAAUUGAUCAGCAGCCAUUAAAUUGAUCUUCUAAAAAUGUGUUA